GAGCCCUGUGGGGCACAGGGAUGUGGUGUGGACCAGCACCCAGGUUCUCUCUGCCUCGACUUCCUUCCCAGCACGGAGCCGAUUUCCUCUGGCAUCACGUGCACAGUGUGGGGCCAGGGGAGCCCGGCAGGGCACGGCUCGACUCGUGGGCAGAGGCAGGAGGGAGCAGAAGGGCAGUUGGAACCACAGCGAAGGACAGGGAGGCUGAGGACGGGGAGCCCCCAGAGCUCCCGGCACUGAGGAUGGAGCCGGCCAAGCUCCCGCUCACCAAGAGGAUGGCUCCUGCUCCCCCCGUCCCUGCCAAGGCCAAACCAGUCCCUGUGCUGGCCACCAAGCCUGGUGACCCCCAGCCCAGCGCCACGGCUGACACGGGGCGGGGCAGAACCGGUGACCCAGACGCCGACGGCUUCAACGUGGUGUCGGUGACCACGGCCAGGCUGAGCCACCCCACGGCCACACGGCCACGGGUACCCGGCCAGCGGCCACCCAGCCUUGUCCUGGGGAGCGCGGGGGGUCCCUGUGGGGUGGAGCAGCCCUGGGGGCCGCCCCACGCCAGGCUCUGUGUGCCCGUCCCCAGCGCGGGGCAGGCGGAGGGGCCGGAGGGGCCGGAGGGGAGGCUGCUGGCCCUGGAGGACCUGAAGGCCGAGGUGCGGACCCUGCACAUCCUCGUGGACCUGAUGCGAGUCCAGCACCUGCGGGACCUGCAGGACCUGAGGCUGGAGCUGUGCCAGGAGCGGAGCCAGCGCCAGGCGCUGCAGGCAGAGAUCGAGCGGGUGAGGAAGGCGCUGUCCUGUUAG